GAACGGACUUAAUCCACGUGUAAUGUUUAAACGAAUUAAGGACAUGAUUAUUGACACCAAAUUUUGGUAAUAGCUCUGUAAUGCGCUACUAGAGACCGUCAUGAGGAGCAGUUCGUCCGUCUCUCCGGCAGGCGGUCGCGGCUCGGGCUCGGUUCGGCUGGUCAGCCCUCCGGGGUGUCCGCUAACCGCUCUGGUAGACGCUGCUGUUGAGUAUUUAAUGGUAAAAAAAGACUUCCAUGCUGCUCUUGCCACCUGCGAGAAAGGGCUUGAGAGUUUGGACUCUUUUGCAGAGCAGGAGGAGAGUUGCUUUAAACAUGCCGAGCUGAGAUCUGCAUUCACUAUAAUAGGUGUUCAGGCUCUGGCCGAGCUCAAUCAAUGGCGUACAGUCUUGUCUUGGGUGUUACAGCAGUAUGGAGAAACCGAGAACAUCCCUGCCAAGAUUAUUCAAAUGUGCAUUCUGCUUUAUGUGAAAGUGGGUGAACGGGCCGUGAUGAAAGAGGCAGUCUGUGAUUGGCUGCACUGCUCUGGUAACGCGAGCCAGUCAGGAUUCAGCACUGUGGCUGAGCUGUAUUUCCUCCACAUACUGUUGCCGAUGGGUCAUGUGACUGAAGCUCUGGAGAUGCUGGAGAGCGAUGUGGGUCUGGUGGCGUUUACUGAUGAACAGAGACAAGCAGCUCGAAGUUUAGUAGAUGAUCAAAAUCAGAAAAAUGCAUCAUCAUCAUCAUCAUCGUCGUCUAAUACAAAUUCAGACUCUGUAGAUGUGAUGGAAAUGUCUAGUGUGUCAAAACAAGGCAGAUUGACCCUGCGGCUGAAUUCAAUCAUCAAGUUAUUAUCCAGAGGUCUCUCAUUAGCCAGUGUGAGAAUCAGAUCCAUCUCUUUACGCAGAGUUUUCCUGGCUUUAAUGUUGCUGUAUCUGCUUAUCGCUCGUUUAGACCCAGCUCUUCCUUCAGCUCUUCCAUGGCUGCUGCGACUGCAUGGACUCCUCCAGCAGAUGUUUAAUACCAUGUUCGGUCCCUAUUACAAAGCCCACAACAGGAGUUAAGGGUUUUACUGGAGAUAGAAGAGGAACAUAAUGGUGCCGUCCUACAUUUCAAUACUUCAUAGAUCCUAAUUUUGUCAUCAUGUUUUGGUGCAUUUACUUGUGUUAUAAAUCAAUGAUCUGAUAACCUACUAACAUUGUAUGGUUACCUUGGUGGGAAUUAAUUCAUGCAGAUUAGAUGUAAAUUCUAUAAUAAAAUGUGUAUAUAUCA